GUCAUUAAAGGAUGUCAUGAAUUACUUGCUUAAACAUAAAGUAUUAGUUCUACCACACUAUCAUUAUUUGUUUAAACAAAAGGCCACAUGUAAAACAAUCAGUUUUACUGGUGGCUACUUGCACAACUGGGGGCAAUAAUUUAGCCAGUGACACAAUCACUGGAACUGGAGGAAAAAAAUGAACUUUUUCUCAAUACUUGACAUUCCACUUUGUGCUUGUAAUCAUUCAGUGAUUGAUGACAGUGAUUAAUCAUGCUAAAGUGAAGGUGAUUGGUUUAUCCAACAAUGGUCUUUCCUCAUUCAGGUUUGUUGAAAAUAAAUCAAAAUAGUGUGGCUAUACGCUGAAAUAAAUUUACUUCAAACUGUUACAUAACACGUAAAGACCUUGUGUAGAACAUAAAGCAAAUCACACUUGCUGUGGAACAGCGGCGCGUUGUUUGUGGCUUUAAAAGCGCUCGUUCCUGAACCGGAAAAGGCGUGGCUUUUAGCAUUUUCGCGCGAAAAUCCUUUUCUUCUUCCUGCAAAGCCGAGACGAUAUCCGGAGCGUGAGCGGUGUUUGUGUCCGAGUUUGUUUMGGGACUUCACCACGCACGGCUGUUUCACUCUGCGGGUUUUGGCCCCGCAGCGGCUGCAGCGACAUGUCUCAGGCUCGAGUUACGGACUUCUUUUCUCAGAGGAAGAAAGUCGCAUCAGAACCGGCGAAAAGAGCCAAGCAGCAGCGCGGCGCCGUCGUUUCUUCUUCUACGAUCUUUAAAGCUCCCAAUGAAAACAAAGACUCCGUUUCCUCUUCGUCCUCCGUUCACAAGGAGUUUCUACGAGUUAUCGACGAAGCAGCGGGUCUUAAUAAUAACAAUCAUGGAGACGAGUCCAACCCUGGUAAGGACGCAGUUAUCAUCUCCAGUCCGCGGACACCGAAGAGGAGCUCGGCCGACGCCGAGAUAACCGAACACUCGUCCAUGAAGAAGGUACGGCAAGCCGCAGAGGCCAGAAAGGCUUCGACUCCCCGGUCAGAGAAAGGAACCAAGAGGUCUGCCAGAAAGAAACUUAUCCUUCAGGAGGAUUUACCUCAGCAGGCUCCUCUUAAAGUGGACAAGGCAUCCCUCAAGUCUCAACUUCAGAGGAUUAAAAAACAGUCGGAGGACAAUGUUGACCUCGCUUCCACAUCCUCCACUUCCUCCUCUCCGGCUUCUUUUAACAAUGCAACCCCAGCUGCUUCCAAAACCACCGCGCCCGUUCCCACAGACGCCAACCCCCUCAGUGUCACAGUGGCCAAGGCCAGAGAGCUGGCAGCCAAGUCCCUGAGGAGAAAAGAGAAGCGGGAAGCCGAGGAGACCAAGCAGACCGAGACGCAUCCUCAGGACAGGGCUGAGCAGCCAGCAUACCAGCGGUACCACAACCUUGCUCAGGCGGGCCCCCCGGGCCUGUCAUUGCCCUACCAAUACAAGGUUCUGGCCGAGAUGUUCAGGAGUAUGGAGACUGUGAUCGCCAUGUUGUACAACCGCUCAGAGACGGCCACCUUCAGCAAGAUCAAGCAGGCGGUUCAGGACAUGAUGCGCAAGCGGUUUGAGGAGAGCCACAUCUGUCAGAUAAAGACAGUGUUUCCUGAGGCGUACUCGUUCAAGCAGGAGAAGAACGUUCCAACCUUCAGCAACAACGUGCUGAAGGGCAGCUACCAGCUCACUGUGGAGCCCCUCUUUGGACCGGACCAAAACGAAGCCCGGCCCGUACUGACCGCCUCUCGUCUCCUCGAGAGACGACGCAUCUUCCACCAGAGCCUGGUUUCUAUUGUCAAGCGGCAUCAUACGGACUUCCUGUCCUCGCUGGUUCCCCCGGUGUCUGUUCCAGAAGACAAACUGACCCGCUGGCACCCUCGCUUUAAUGUGGACACGGUUCCAGCCGUCCCGCCCAGCUCGCUGCCUCAGCCUCCCGCCACACAGAAACUGAGCACGGCUCAGGAGGUGCUGGACAAGGCCCGGUCACUCCUCACCCCCAAGAUGGAGAAGGCUCUGGUUUCAUUGACUCUAAACACGGAGGACAAAAAUGCAGCGAGUUCUGACUCAUCUUCACAGAACCAGGCCUCUUCUUCAUCUUCAUCGUCCACUCCUGCAGCUCAGCUCCCAGCGUCCCUGAAGGGGGUUUCCCAGUCCCUGCUGGACAGGAUUCGAGCAAAAGAGGCCCAGAAGCUCCAGGCGGCCAUGACCCGCAGCUCUGCUCAGGAGGAGCGGCUACUGAUGAUGUCCAGGCUCGGCGAGCUGGCGAGGAUCCUCCGCAGCGUGUUCGUCGCGGAGAAGAAAGCGGCGCUGAUCAUGGAGGUGGCCUGCAACAGGAUGGUGGCGAGCUACAGAUCAGCGCUCAGCACAGGUGAGAUGGAGAAGCACCUCCGCCUGCUGGCAGAAGUAGCAGCUGAUUGGCUCAGCGUCCUUCAGAUCAGGAAGGAUUUCUACCUGAAGCUGAACAAAAACAUGGAUCUCAGCAUCGUUCUGGAAAAACUUAACAACAGACUCAAAGAGGAGGAGAAGCUCUGAGACGUCAGACCUUUUUACUGUGAACUUCACUACAGCUCCAUGCGAGGAGCUCCCAGUUGUCCAGAAGCUUUUUCUUUUUUUAAGCUAAUGUGGACAGAAGAAUUUUGCGACUUUAGAAACAGGCACAGCUUGAGUUUGUUUUUUUUUUUAGCCUUGACCAUGUUUCUGGUCCAGUACAGGCCUUCCUCAUGUUUGCUAAAAAGGAUGUGUUUUAACCAUGUUUUGGUUGUAAUUAUGGUGUUUUUCACCCCUAACUCACACACAGGGUUAAUGUUUGACUUCCUGAGGAAUAUUCAGUAUCUGAGUAAAGUGACGAUUAAUGUUAAGGUUUUAAAGAACUUUGUUCUUGAUUAAGAAAUACACGAGUUUUUCAAAGCCUUCUCCGUUCUUUUCUGUGAGUUGUUUGAUUUCUGUAAAAAUGAAUAAUUAUCUGAGAAAAAUAGGUUUGUGAAGAAACUCAAAUAUUAACUUCUUUCUAUAAAGACAGAUAAGAUCUGGUGAACUGUAUCAUUAAGGCUGCAGUCUGUAACUUUUUAAAAUAUAUAUUUUUGACAUA